CAGACAAUUCUGCGAAUAAGAUUUACGCGGCGCCGCCGCUGUAACGUUCAACAGUUUAAUUUGUUUAUACUGCAUUUUAAGGCGAAAUUGCCUUUUAAUCAACGAGCCACCAGCCAGAUUUUUUCAAUGGAAACCUCUUGAAAAAAAAAUUAUCUAAGAUGAAGAACGAAUCACCUAGUUUUGGGGAGAGGAUCCAGGAUUACGAAGUUGGCGAUGUUCUUGGUAAGGGUGGAUUUGCGACAGUUCGCAAAGCAAGAUGCAAGAAGACUGGACUGGAAGUUGCAAUCAAAAUGAUUGAUAAAAUUCAAAUUAAGGCAAAUAAAGGCUUGGAAGUCAGAGUUUAUCAAGAAGUUGCUAUUCACUCAAGAUUGAAACAUCCUGCUGUUCUUGAACUGUAUACGUUCUUUGAAGAUGACAAAUAUGUGUAUCUUGUGCUAGAACUAUGUCAUGGUGGUGAGCUACAGAAAUAUCUCAAGAAGCACAACCGUAUUCUAUCUGAGGGUGAAGCGAGUCAUAUUUUGUCUCAAGUUGUCCAAGGACUCCUAUAUCUUCAUUCUCAUAAAAUUCUUCACAGAGAUAUGACUCUAUCUAAUUUACUAUUGACCAGUAAAAUGCAAGUUAAAAUAGCUGAUUUUGGUUUAGCUACACAAUUGAAUCGGCCAGAUGAAAAGCAUUUGACAAUGUGUGGCACACCAAACUACAUCUCCCCAGAGGUGGCAACACGCAGCUCUCACGGUCUGGAAGCAGAUGUGUGGGGGCUUGGCUGCAUGUUGUACACGCUUCUUGUUGGACACCCUCCGUUUGACACUGAUGCAGUCAAGAGUACAUUGACAAGAGUUGUCAUGGCCGAUUAUACGGUGCCAUCUUAUCUAUCAUCAGAGGCUCAGGAUCUAAUUAACAAGUUAUUGAAGAAAAAUCCUCGAGAACGCAUUAGUCUGCAUGGCAUUCUAAAGCAUCCUUUUUUGUUGUGUUCCAAGCAGAAUCUCAUUGAAAAGAGAAAGUAUCCUAAUAGGGAAUCUGAAGAUAGUGGCAUGUGCACCAUGACAACCGAAGGGACCCACUCUCUGCAACAAACCAGGGAUACAUCGGCCAGCAAAGAUCGACACAAGAUGUCUGCUGGACCCAUGACUGUGGCUGCCAUAUUAAAAGAACAGAGCCAAGGCAGCUUUGGUUUAGAGCCCUUUUCCAACCCUGCCUUUCCAAAAUCGCCUCAUGGAUCAUAUCAUAACCAUGAAGAACAUAAAGGCAAACAUCAUGACAAUGUCCGAAAGAGACAUAAUGAGGCUUAUAAUCAUGUCUCAGACAACAUCGACCCAGACAGUGGUGAUGACAGUGAAGGUGAUCAGUAUGACAAUGGGCUCCCUGGGGCUCUUCCUCCUAGAAGACAGUUAGCAUUACCAUUUAGAAACAGAUCACGAUCGGAGGACCGAUUUCAUGGGACAAGAGGCAUGAGUAAUAGUUACCUAAAAUCAAAACUCAGUGGCUGUGAGCCAGGAGAGUACACUAGUUUGCCUUCAAAACAUUGUCACAACCAAUUUCUGCAUCCUGCUUGUGACACCUCCUACCAUUCUAAGCCCAAACAUGCAGGGUGCAGGCACAAUCGUAUUAAUGGUGUGUCAACUUGCUCUGCUGAUUGUACAGCAGAAUUGAGUUGGAAACCCGCAACUCUGGCUCGAUCUCAAAGCUUUGGGCAUAAAUCCUCCGGCCGAUGUGACCCUCCCAAAACUGAUCGUAAUUUUCUGGACGAAGAGAGAGGACAUAGUAAUGGCAAAUCCUGUUCACUUGCCCGCAAAAUGGGUGCAGUUUCAAUUGAUUGCCAUUCAAAUGAUGCUGACUGUAGUGCUAAAUUCGGGCCUGCAACAUAUCAAAGCCAAAGAACAGGGGACAGUUGCAGUCACCAUUCAAAGAAUGCAGAGGAAGAUGAUUUACCAAAAAGUGUUCAUUCAGUGAAUAGAUAUCUAGAUCCCCAAAAUGUUCCUUGCCAUAUAAAUGAUGAACAUAGCUCUUCACCUUUAUUUGACCGCAGGAGAAGUCUGGACACAGAUGCAUUGGGCUCAUUCAAGACUUCUCUCAAUAUGGAAGAAAUCCAACAUCUUUUGUUUGGUGGAUCUACAAAUUCCAAGGGUAGAGAAUCCAGCUCUGGAGGUCGAGCAUCUCCUUUAAAUACUCUGCGUCUAUUACCAACUCGCCAUCGCACAAAGAAUGCUGUCCUCAGCAUAUUAGAGUCAGGAGAGGUCGUCAUCGAAUUUCUCAAAAAGAAAGGACCAUCAAGAGAAGAACGCGUGGUUGAUGUCUGCCGUAUUUCCAACGAUGGAUUGAGGAUCGUUUUGUACCAAAUGAAUGGUGGGAGAGGGUGCCUAGCUCGUGAUAAACCUCCCGACUUACCUGAACAAGGAGCAGAUGCUAUUUACAGCUAUGAGUCGCUUCCUGAAAAGCAUUGGAAAAAGUACGAAUAUGCUGUCAGGUUUGUCAAUUUAGUCAGUGCUAAAACACCAAAGGUAACAUUGUAUAGUGACAAAGCUAAAUCCCAUUUGAUGGAAAACAUGCCAAAUCCUGAUUUUGAAUCAUGCUUUUAUGAUGGAGGUAAAAUCUCAAGGACAAAUGAGGGUGUGCGACUCAUUGACCAAGAUGGGCGAAACAGCCUGAUAGUUUCUCAGGACCACGCCCUAAGUCUUUCCCAAGCUCCCCAAAUGUUGUGGGAUCAUUUCUUGCAGUGCUUUCAGCAUUGCGUUAUGUUGGAACGCUGUCUGGCUAGACUCGCUGGAGGGAGCUCCACUACGCAAGGCGGAUCAAGAUGUGUCUUCCCUGUCAUUGUUGGUCGCCGCCCUCAUGUACCUGCCAUAACUCUACAGGGCAAGGAGAAUAUGGCUAAUGUCAUGCAUGACCAUCAUGUUAGAGGGCCUCUUAUCUCUCCCAACACACCAACUCUCAAAUCAUUUGAAGUCUCUACUAUUUCCACUGUUCCCAUGCACUCAAACAAGGUUUGUAGUCGUCCUCCACUGCUACAAGAAACACCAGUGUCACGAACAGGCAGCAGGCAUAGUGCUCGAACUAAGAGGGCCAUCUCACCCACUGGCACAAGCAAUGGUAUUCGAAGAGUGGACAUAUCUGGUCUAGGAACUGCCACACAGCUUCCCUCAGGAGAAGUACGAAUUGAUUAUUACGAUGGAUCCCAAUUAAGGGUUCACCCCUCCAAUAACGGCAUCAGUUACCAUUGUGCAGAUGGUUCUCAAGUUGUGAGAUGUGGUCCAGAAGAUACAGUUCCUGAAUGGUUGCGAGAUCGGUUAGCCCAAGUUCCAAGGAUCAUUCAAAGUCUUGCAGAAAAGACACCAUCUUGCACUGACAAUAUGCCAAGAGUGUUGCACAAACCCAAAGUUCGAUCGUUAAGAUAAUGAAUUAUGAGGUUUUUCGUUUGGCCUCUUGUUGUCAGCAUCCGUCCUGUAUCAAUUCUGUGAUUUUGUUAGAUUAAUUCUGAAUGAACUUGAUGUCUAGAAAAGUAGAUUUAUUUAAAUAUUUUAACCCUCAAAUGUUAAUGUACAAAAAGUAUAUUUAUAUGUAUAUGUUUUCUAUUUUCCUACUUUUGUUGUUAGUAUUGAUUGAAACUAAAAACUUUUACUUUUAUUGUGUCUGUGUCUGUGUGUGUGUGUGUGUGUGUACAGAAAGGGAUAUUUUUCAUUGCUCUGAACCAUCAUAGUCUUUGUGAAUAUCAGCACAAUGGAGGACUGGUUUUAUCGCUGUGUGUUCUGAACAUUGUCUUAUUCAAAAUGUAUUUGUAUUUUUUAAUGUAUUGUUUGAUUUUUCACACAAAUAGAAGUUGUCUGGAAGAUCAUACGAAGUCAAGUCGAACCUAUCCUAUAUUGAAGUGAGAAAUUAAAACCUUAUGGAAUAAUAAAGAUAUUU